GCAGCCACACGCCCCGGCCCGACAUGGCUGCCGCCGCCGCCGCCUCAGGGCCUGGGCGCCGCCAUAGUGGUGCAGCAGCGAUUGGCUACUUGACCUGCUCGUCACAGCGAUGAGCUUUCUGAUUGGGUCGUCCCCUCGCCCUCCUCGGGUUGGACAGAUCGGCUUCCCGCAAGCGCGGAUUGGUCAAGCGCGGCGCCCGCCUCCCGAGCCGCUCCCGAUUGGUUCAUAUGCCGGUUGUUUACGUCCUAUCUCCCGCCCUCUCCCCGCCGGCAUCAGUCUGCUGAGCCACUUCCUCCCGGAGCUCUGCCCUUCCUCGCCGCUGAUUGGUCCGAGCCGCAGCUUCUCGCACUCUCAUUGGUGUUGGGCGCCCCUCGGGGGGCGGAGCCGCGAGGCCGGGCAGGGACCGGCGGCGGGGCUGUCAUGGCGUCGCCGCUGCGGGACCGGUUGAGCUUUCUGAGCCGGCUGCCGGUGCUGCUCAGGGGCACCGCGGACGAGGACGCGCCGUGCCCCGGGUACCUGCUCGAGGAGAUCGCGAAGAUCUCGCACGAGUCCGCCGGCAGCAGCCGGUGUCUGCUGGAGUUCCUGCUGGGCCGGCUGCGGAGCGGCUCCUGCCACGUGAAGCUGAAGGUGCUGAGGAUCCUGCUGCACACCUGCAGCCGCGGCUCCCCACACUUCCUGCUGCAGCUGCAGGGCAGCGCCUGCUGCAUCCGCGAGGCCGCAGCGUUCACCGGACCCCCAGACCCCCUGCACGGCAACAGCCUGAACCAGAAGGUCCGUGCGGCCGCGCAGGACUUGGCCACAGUCCUGUUCUCGGAUGCGCCGCUGCCCCCUCCCGCUGCCCCCUCUGCCCAUCCCGCGGGCAUGGGCUCCAGCUCCAGCCCCUGCGGCUCCUUGCAGGGAUUUGGCUACAGCACGGAGAAAAGCUCUGGUUCCGCAGGGGAAGCCCUGCUCAGCACCAUCCAGCGCGCAGCCGAGGCUGUGGCCCACGCUGUGCUCCCGUCCCCGGGGGGGCACCGGCCGCCCCACAGGGACCUGCACGAGGACACCUAUGAGCCCGUGAGAGCCCCAUCCCCUCCCCGGAGCCCCACCGAGGCUGGGAAGCCACCGGCAGCCACCACCACGCACGGCACCCGGGCGAGGCACCAGCCGGGGCUGGCCGGAGGCGGCUGGGAGGAGGCCGACAGCGGCCACAGCUCCCAGGACUCCUCGCAGGGCAUCGGGGACCUGAGCCGCACCUCAGACUCCUGCAGCAAAUCGGGCAGCGACGGCCACUGCGGAGCCAUCCGGGAGCUGAGCCACGCGGCCGAGAGAGUGGACACUGACAGCCUGGGUGACUGCGUGCGGGAGGUGAGCCUGGUGGCAGCACUGACCCGCGGCGACAGAGUCUUCCUCACCAGGGAGGAAGCACAGCACUUCGUCAAGGAAUGUGGGCUCCUGAACUGCGAGGUGGUGCUGGAGCUGCUGAGCCGGGCACUGCAGGACCCCAGUGACAGCGUCCGCAUGAGGUCCAUGGGUGCCAUCUCCUCCCUCAUGUGCUCGGAUCUGCUCUCCCUGGACCAGAUCUUUGCCGUGACGCGGCUGCAGCUGCAGCAGCUCAGCCAGGGCAGCCCCGGCCCUGUCGCCAACCGAGCAAUGAAGAUCCUGCGGCAGUUCGAGGCUCUCUGCAGGGGCCACCCCUCCCCAAAGGGCACCCGCCUGACCUCGGACCCUUCUGCCCUCCCCGCUGGCUCAGCCCCGUGCCCCGGGGAUCUGCUGCUCGACAUCCCCCCUGUCCCCGGUGAGAGCAUCCUCACCCCGCUGAGCGCAGCCCCACUGCCCGGUGCCUGCAGCCGAGAGGCAGGGGUGGAAGCAGAGACCUGUGGGCAGCCCAGUGCUGCGGUGCCAGCCAGGCCCUGCGGGCAGGAGGCGGUGAGCAGGGGGCCAGGGGACGUGGUGGGUGCCCCUGCACUGUCCCGCAGCCUGUCCCUCUUUGCUGGCAUGGAGCUGGUGGCUCCUCCCGGUGCCGGUGCUGUGCUGCACCAGGACUCUCCCUCGGCAGAGCCAUGGGCACCGUCCCAGCCUCACAUGGACAAAGGGAGUGAGCAGCAGCCGUCGGCCUUUGCCUUCCUCAACAUGUAGCUGCUGUGGGGCUCCCAGGGGGCUGCGGGGGCUUUGCCCUCCCUCCCUGUGGGGCCUCUUGUGCUAUGGCCUUAGGGGAUUGGUGGGAAGGGGGCUCAAGCCCCCGAAUUCCACCGUGGCACCCUGGGGAGAAGCAAAGCACAGCCCUGUGUGCCCUGUGCACAGGAAUGAGGGACAGGGGCUGCGGGGACACACACACAGUGCGCUAUGGCCAUGGGGGCCAGGGCUUUGGUCAGGUUAUGAUGUCUGUUGAGCUGCUGUUGUUGCCAAAAGCCCCCGUUUUGGGCUGGCAGAGGGGAAUGGUGCUGGCACUGGGCUGGAGAUGUGCCAGAGCUCACUGGGCCUCACCGGGGGGGGGGGGGUUUAGGGACCCCAGGAUGCCUCUGGGGUGCUCCUGGGUGCCCCCCUGCCUCCCCCAGCUCCAGCCCGGGCAGCCGUGGGGCUGGGGUGGGAGAAGGCACCGAAGCAGUGGGGCCGGGACCCACCAAUAAACCCCACACGUGGGUCUGGGAGUUCCUGACUCUUCUUGCGCCGUUGCUGGAGCCCGACCCGAGCUUCUUCUGCCCCAUGGGC